UAUUAAUCAGUUUUCUCCUCUGCAACAUAAACCAUCGAUGUAAUGAAAGACGAUCAAAGAUUCAAAUUCACUACGAUUAUCCAUCACUUGAUGAACGAGCCGAGCCAAGCCGAUGCAUUCUUCUCCAUCUCCACUCAUCUCAGUCCUCACCAUCUUCAUCUUCUUCCUCUCGUCCGAUUCAAUUUCGCGGUCUUUCAUACCCUUUUCAAAUUCAAUUAACGUCACUCUGUUCGGCGGCGCCGUUUUAAGAAACGGUUCCAUAAGCCUAACCCAAGAACGCAGCUGUGCCCAACCACCCAAUUCUUCAUCAGGAAUCGGCAGAGCUUUCCACGUUUCUCCGAUUCGAUUUCUUGACCCAUACAACAACAAAUCCGUAUCUUCUUUCUCUUGCCGAUUUUCAUUCACAAUUUCCCAUUCUCCUCUCUGCCCAUUCGGCGACGGUCUUGCUUUCUUGAUUACAUCCAAUAUCGAUUCUUUCAGUCUAAUGUAUGGUCGUAUGGGUCUUCCCGAUUGGGAACCAGAAAGUCAAGAUAGAUUCUUUGCUGUCGAAUUCGAUACUAAUUUCGAUCCUUUACUACAGGAUGUGAAUGAUAAUCAUAUUGGGAUUGAUUUAAAUUCAGUUGUAUCUGUAGUUUCUGUAAAUUUGAUUUCUAAAGGUAUUGAUUUAAGAAGUGAUAGGAAAAUGACAGCUUGGGUUGAAUAUAAAGAUGGAGAUAAGAAACUUAUGGUUUGGGUUGGGUAUACUAAGAUGAAGCCUUUAACUCCAUUACUCGUGGCUUCCAUUGAUCUUUCUCAGCAUUUUAAGGAGUUUAUGCAUGUGGGUUUCUCUGCUUCUAAUGGAAGAGGUUCUGCACUCCACCUGCUUGAUGAAUGGCGUUUCAAAUCCUCUAUCGCACUUCCUUCUACAAUGUCAAUGGAAGAUUCGUUUUCGUUUUCGGAAGAAGACUGUUUCAUGUGCUCACAGAAUGACAAUGAUCUAUACGUUGAAAAUGGGUUGUCGAAUAAUCGUAAAUUAGGCAGGAGCAUGCUCGAACUCGCCCUGCUUUCGGUUGGCUUGAUCAUAGUCCUUUUAUCUGUAUGUGCAAUUUUUGGGUUAUGCACUUGGUGCGUGAUAAAGAGAAGAAGAAUCAAAUCAAAUGUACAAAACGAACGACAAUUUACCCGAUUCCAAGCUAAAAACAGAAUACCCAAAAGAUUAUCUUUGAUGGAGAUUAAAUCCGCUACAAAAGGUUUCAACAGGAAGAUGAUAAUCGGGGAAGGAGCAUCCGCCGUCGUCUACCAAGGCUCACUCCCCUCCGGCGGGACAGUCGCGGUCAAGAGAUUCAGCAAAGUAACCCAAAUUGGUUCUCUCCGAAACCAAUUCGCGACAGAAUUAGCAACGGUUGUCGGCUGCUUAAGACACAAGAAUCUCGUCCAGCUUCAAGGUUGGUGUUGCGAAGGACCCGAACUUGUUCUUGUCUAUGAAUACAUGCCAAACGGAAGCUUAGCUCGAAUUCUCCAUAAACCAAACAAUCCAUUAUUAUGUUUUCUAACAUGGGAAAAACGAGUAAAGGUAAUCCUAGGAAUCGCAUCCGCGUUAGUCUACCUUCACGAAGAAUGCGAACGUCAAAUCAUUCACAGAGAUGUAAAAAGCUGUAACAUAAUGCUCGACGACGAAUUCAUCCCCAAGCUCGGGGAUUUCGGUUUAGCAGAGGCGUAUGAUCACAGCUGUUCGACCAGGGACGCCACACUGCCGGCGGGGACAAUGGGUUAUCUUGCGCCGGAGUAUGUUUAUUUGGGUGUUCCAACCGUUAAGACCGAUGUUUACAGCUUUGGGAUGGUGGUUUUAGAAGUGGCGACAGGGAGAAAACCAGUGGAUGAAGGUGGGUUGGGGUUAUCGGAUUGGGUUUGGGGAUUGUGGGGAAAAGGUUGUUUAAUGGAGGCUGUUGAUGUGAGAUUGAAUGGAAGGUUUAAUAUGGCGGGAAUGGAGAGGAUGUUGAUGGUUGGAUUGGUUUGUGUUCAUCCUAAAGCAGAUGAUAGACCGAUGGUUAGAGAGGCGGCGAGGAUGGUUAAAGGGGAGGCGCCGUUGCCGAUUCUGCCGGCGAGGAAACCGAUGGUUAGUAUUUUGUCUGUUGUUCAUGAGGAUUCUGAUCAGUUGAUGAGAUCUGAUGGUGGUUUGGAGAAUGUGGGUUCUCCUUGGUUGACGCCAAGUACACAUUUUUCGAGUUGAUUUGAUUUGAUUCGUUAGUUUGUUCAUGUUGUUGUUUGAUUUUGGAUUCAAUUUUUUGAUUAAUUUGUACUAAUGUGAAGUUGAAGGUGUAAUUUGGAUCAUGUUUUUUGAGUUAUGGACUAAAGCUAACUCUCUUAACAAAUGGACAUGGCCAAAACUUUUGAUU